UGGCAAGACCCUUUCGUUUGGGGCGCCAUACGUCCCGCGGCCGCGGCGGACCCGCGCCGCGGUGCGGCGCGGGCCCCGAAUUUUCGCGGCCCAUUGGCCCAUGGACCUCUUGGAGCUGCGAGCGAUCGCGCGGGAGGUGGUCGUCCAGGCCUGUGAGCUCACUGCGGAUUUGCAGAAGAGGCUGCUGAGUGCUGAGAUCAGGGCAAAGAGCGACCUAUCUCCCGUGACGGUGGCAGAUUUCGCCUCGCAGGCCUUGAUCACGCUGCUGCUGGCGGCGCGCUGCCCGGGCCUUCCGCUGGUGGGGGAGGAGGACGCGCGCGCCCCGCGGGAAGACGCCGCGCUGGCGGCCAAGGUCCAUGAGUCCGUUCAGAAGUUCAUCCCUGAGGUGACUUUGGAGCAGGUCCUGGAGGCCUUGGACAAAGGCUCCCACCCGGGAGGGGAGGGCCGCUUCUGGGUGCUGGACCCAAUAGACGGCACCAAGGGCUUCCUGCGGAAGGACCAAUUUGCGGUCUGCCUUUGCAUGAUCGACAACGGGAAGGUCCUGGUGGCAGCCUUGGGGUGCCCAAGCCUUCCGGUCGACCCCCCGCCGGCCGAGCUGGGCUGCGUCUUCCUCGCCGCCCGAGGUCAGGGCGCCACCCAACUGGACCUCGCCUCGGGCCGGGAGAGGGCCAUCCACGUGUCGGAGGCUGUGGAUCCCAGCAGCUGCUCCUAUGUGGAGUCCAUGGAAUCGGGGCACUCCUCCCACGGCGCCCACGCGCGCAUCGCGGGCAGGCUUCACAUGCUGCCCCCCAUCCGCAUGGACAGCCAGUGCAAGUUCGGCGUGGUGGCGCGGGGCCAGGCCAGCCUCUACCUGAGGUGCUCAGACCGGGACCAGCAGAUCUGGGACAUCGCCGCCGGCGCGAUGAUCGUGGAGGAAGCCGGCGGCAAGGCAGAGGUGACAAGGAAGUCCGAGCUUGGCCGAAGUUCGGAGAAGGCCCUCAGCAACUUGGCAGGUCACCGACUUACAGGGCCGGCCCCUGUGCUUCUCCCGGGGCCGCACGGUGGGCUCUGCGGCCGUCUUCGCGUCCAACGGACGCAUACACCAAGCGGUGGUCGAGGCCGCGACCGAGGCCGCGACCGAGUGAUGGAGAAAAAACCCUCCGCCGGAUUCCAGGGUGUGCAACCCGGUGUCGCCUCCGAAUUCAACUUGCAACAAUUUUCACGAGGAGCCCCAAGGAGGGUCCUAACCGGGAGGUCAUUGGAACUGGGGUUCCUGGCUUUGCAGGACACCAGUCCAGGGGCUUGAGACCUGGCAGGCUUGAGCUGACGUCGGCCUCGCAGCAUUUCUUUCUCGCAAGAUCGUGCGUCCAGGGCCAAAACCAUCUUGCAGCAGGGCAGUGCGCGGGGGAAAAACAUUAACAUAGGCGUCCUUUUUGGUUGUGUUGGUA